AUGAACAAUCAGAAGAUCUUUAAAGCAAUCUGGAUAUGUCAAGCGAGUGCCGAAGAUUGUUCCAUUGACGUCGACUGGAGAACCAAGGGCUACGUCACCCCCGUUAAAAACCAGAAAGCAUGUGGUUCCUGCUGGGCCUUCUCCUCAACUGGAUCCCUGGAAGGACAACAUUUCAAGGAGGCAGGCAAACUGGUGUCUCUGUCAGAACAGAAUCUGGUCGACUGUUCCAGGAAAGAAGGCAACAUGGGAUGUGGAGGUGGUUUGAUGGACCAGGCCUUCAAGUACAUCAAGGUUAACAAGGGCAUUGACACUGAGGCCAGCUAUCCAUACCUUGCAAAGGACGGGAAGUGCCACUUCAAGCGUGCCGAUAUUGGUGCCACCGAUACUGGUGCUGUCGACAUUAAGAAGGACUCAGAGGAAUCCCUUCCGCACACCGUGGCUCAAGUGGGCCCCAUUUCUGUCGCCAUCGACGCGGCUCAUCCAUCGUUCCAGAGUUACAAGAGCGGAGUUUAUGACGAGAAGAAAUGCAGCUCGAAGAGGCUUGAUCACGGUGUCCUUGCAGUAGGAUACGGUUCUCAGGAUAGCAAGGACUACUUGCUGGUGAAGAACAACUGGGGUGAGACCUGGGGAAUGGAGGGAUACAUCAUGAUGUCCAGGAACAAGGACAACCAGUGCGGUAUCGCCACCCAGGCCAGCUAUCCAACAGUCUAAACAUGGCUGUCAUAAGGCGCUCAGAUCUCAUCUCAGGACACUGCGAGAUCGUAUCUUAGAUACAUCGGGUCCGUUUUAGGUCCGUGAUGAGUGGUGCACGAUAGCUAUUUUUCGUUGUAAUUCAAUGUUGAUCGUCAUUAUUACAGUUACCAUAAUUAUUGAUUCAACAUAUAGCAACGUGCAUGUGUCAGGCAUACACGCUUUGGCGACUGGAUAUCAUGUCACGUAAUAUGGAACCUUCGCGCCUGGUCGAUAACACACCUUAUAUACUGGACACAAUAAGUUAGGGAUAUUGGUAUUUUUAUGAUUGAUAUUUUAUCAGUGUGUCAAUGAAUAAAUAGAUCAUUAUUCAUAAUUUCAAAAUUGACGUAUAUCCCUAACUAUUUUUGUCCAGUAAAUCUGGUCUAUUUUGUUAAAAUUUUACAUUUGAGUAUUUAUAAUGAUACGUGUAUUUCAUUAUCAAUCUCUUUUUAUUGAGUACUUUUAACCGAUUUGGGGGGAUAGGGGGAGAGAUUAUUCAUGCCAUGUCCAUAACUGACCA